GAUGGGAAGGACAGUGAGCACUGAAUCACGAGCAGCAAUGGUGGGCGACUGGUUCUUUGUGGCCUCUGCCAUUGUUCUAUGUAUACUGUCUCUGAACAUGGACACACUAGAGCUGGUGCACAAUGCAGGCUUCCUCCUACUCACCAUCUCCACUGUAUCCCAAAUCCCUCUUGAUGGGUACUACAUCUUCUUCGGGGUGGCGUGCUCCAUCUUUACCAUGAUUUCCCUCUACGGCACCUUCACCCGUCUCAUCAACACCAUUGCAGAGAAGUCACUGAUUCCAGUAGGACCUCAGCCUGUCUCCACUGAGCACCUCCAGAAUACACUGGACUUUCUGAAGAGAAGCAAAGGCACAGUUGAACAUCAGAAUCCAUCCCAUCACAGUGGAGCAGAGCUACCCGAUGCUCUGUUCUACAUUACCAAUGGCUUGGCAGCUAUGUCUGCCAUCCACAGCAUCUCAGUGGAUCUAUCCUUCCUGCAUCUAACUGUGCCUUGGGUGCUAAUUGCAGGAGCAAUCAUCCAGGUCUACGUGAGCCGACUACAAAUCUAUGGAGGCCGGCGCUUUGGGUCAGUCAUUCCCUCCUUCUAUGCAGCUAUCUGGGCCGCAUGGACAUGGUAUCGGUUUGCAGGUCCUUUGCUGGGUAUCACUUCUGAUGCUGCCUACGGCUUUACCGCUGGGGCGAUUGCCUUCCUGGUAGCAAAUGGAUUCUUAAUGCUUAUAGGUGCCUACAGGAAUCUCAUUCUGCUUUCCACGACUACUGUGAUGGAGGUCAUCCUGGUGUGUUUCCUCCUUUCUACACUUGGCAGACUGCCCUACCAACUGGAAGUCGCCAUGCUGUCAGUAUUCUCCAUCAUAUGUUUUUACGGAGCUCUGGCCUCCCUCGUCAGCUGCAUCUUCUUUGGAAACCUAUUGCCCCUUGGGCCCGCUGUCUUCAAGAACGCAAAGAAAAUGGAAGCAGCACUGGAUCUUCCGUGCCCCCUGGCCGAGUCUCGACUAACGAGUGGGCUGAUCACAAUCGCUAAUCUUCUGGAUCAGAGUGGUGUGUGUGGCAUCCCGACUGACACUGUGUAUGCUCUGGCGGCCUCCUGCAAAAACCCUCAAGCCAUUGAAAAAAUCUACAACAUUAAGGACCGGCCAGCAGAAAAGCCCAUCUGUAUCUGCAUCUCCAAUGUGGAGCAGCUGGUAGCAGCCAAGCCACCCUUCAGCCCCCUGCUCUGGGAAUUCAUGAGAAAUGUUUACCCAGGAGGAAUCAGUUGUAUUGUUCCAAAAGGCGACUGGCUCUUCAAGCUGGGUGUUGGGCCAGCUUAUGACCGCGUUGGCACCAAUGACAGCAUCAUGAUCCGGGUGCCUGACCACACUGUGACAGGGCACCUGUGCAACAUUACGGGACCCCUGGCAAUCACGUCAGCCAAUCCCAGCGGCGAGCCCGACAGCACCCACCAUGACAUGGUUAUCAACCGCUUAGGGCACAAGAUUCAAGGGGUCCUCUGUGAUGGAAAGUCCAACGAAGUAGUUGCAUCCACUGUGGUCAACUGCUUGAAAAUAAAUGAAGGUGACAUUACUAUUGUGCGGGAAGGAUGCGUACCAGCAGCCAGGGUGAGGCAGAUUUUUGAGAAGGUUAAGAACAGCGUGGUGUGAGAAUCCUUCCUCGUUCCCAGCUCAGAACACAUUAAUUCCCCCUGCCUUCUACUGUAUGCUGUUCUUACAGUUCCAGUCAUUCAUUAAAGAAAAUCUAAGAUCUGUAAGCUAAUUUUUUGAAAGAAUGGUUUUUACUUGUCUUGUAUUUCUGUAUAGAUGUAUUUUUGAGUGUAAAAUGUCAAUAUGACAAGAAGGAUGAGCAUUUUAAUACACUGUUAAGUCCGGCUGCAUGUAAAGUACAUUUUAUUUAUCGUUCCAAAUGUCUGAUUUAUGAUAGUAUUAAUGUCAUUGCUAUUUUUUCAGUUAUGUUCAAAAAAGGUAAUUGUGU